UGUAUCCACUGUAAGUAGAUACCGAUGUGGAUAUAGUGGCGUAAGCAUGUUUAGAAAAUUCUGAGUUUAUGUUGAAUGUUUCUGGAUUUUUUUUUGAAUCAAUAUUAUGGGACGUAAAAAAGUAAAAAAAUUUAUCGAUAAAAACAAUUCGAUAACAUUUCAAUUAGUUGGUCGUAGCCAGAAUGAUCCGUUAUUUGUCGAUGAAACAGCACCACAAUAUGUUCUUGUGGAAAAGAAAUCCGGACAAGAGGUUUCGAUUGAUUCGAAAGAACCUGAACCAAAUGGCAGUGAUCCACAAAAAUCCCUAAAAGAUCGUCAAAAACGUCGUGAAGAACAAAUCAAAUAUGGCAUUUAUUUUGAUGAUGAUUAUAAUUAUCUUCAACAUCUGACUGAUGUCACUGAAAUUGCCCUACCAAAAGGUAUCGAUUACGAGACGAUCAAAAAGAAUCGGGAAAAUAAAAAGCCAUUGUUAAUGCUGCCUUCAUCGGUAUUUGAAUCUACUGUAGUGGAAAAAGAUGAUCUCAAUAAAGCUGCUUUACCUGUGGGCCCACAAUUGGAUUGGGAUCCAGAUGUAGUCGAAGCCAUGGAAGAUGAUUUUGAUUUCGACGAUCCAAACAAUCAAAUUGAUGAUGACUUCGUCAUGCAAGCCAUGCAUCCUCACAAUGGAAAUAAAAAUGAACGAAUCGUUGAUAUCAAUGACACUAUCGAUGAUUAUCGAAUCGAACAAGAUGAAGUUGAAGAUGCAGAAGAUAAUUUGUCAGUCUGUGGAUUUAAUGGCAGUGAUGAUGAUGAUGACGAAGCUACCGAUCAAUUCAAUAUUGAUGCAAAAGUGAUGAAUAAAAAGAAUAUUAAACGAUUCUUUGGUCUUGCUGAAGAUGACGAUGGACAAACCGUAAAAACGUCAGCUUCUACACAUUUCACUGAAUAUUCAAUGUCAUCAUCAGUUUUACCUCGAAACGAAAAACUUCAAACAUUGGAUGAGCAAUUUGAACAAAUGUUCAUUCGAGAAUAUGCCGAUCAGAUGGAAAUCGGUGCAUUAGAUACUGAAGAAAUCAGUGGCGAUAUCGAUCCUAAUCGCAGUGAUUUGAUGGCCAAAUUGGUAGAAGAAUAUGAACAAUUCAAAUCCGGAACGUGGCUUGAAUAUGAACGUAAUGAACAGGCAAUCGAUUAUGUUCGAAGAAAAUAUUUGAAAUCAGAAAAUAAUGAUAAUCAAAUCAUGGCUCAUGGUGAUGAUGAAUUAAUUGAAUCCUCAAGUGACAGUGAAAAGGAAGAAGUUGUAAUUGUUGAUACCGGAAGAAAAGGCGACAAGGAUCGUUUCGAUUGUGAAUCAAUUCUAAGCGUAUAUAGCAACACUAAUUAUCAUCCGAAAGUAUUGAAUGAAUCUAUUGACCGUUAUGGAAAUAAAAUUGUCAAGAACAGUCAUAUCCGUAUCGAUCAAAGAACUGGAAUGCCUACUAAAACUGGUUCUAAUCUUGGGAUGAAUACAUUGGUCAAUUUAGAUGGUAAAUCCACAAGGAGCAAUAUGUCUCGUUUAUCUGAGCUAUCAGUUCGACUUAAAAACGAAACAACCGAUGAAAGGAGACAGCGUAAAAAAGAACUUAAAGAAUUACGAGCCGAACGUCGGGCAGAAAAGAAAGCAAAUCGAUUAGCUUUCAAUGAGGAAAAAAUUCGUUUACAUAAAGCCGAUAUGAAUAAAUCAGUACAGAAAAAAGUGACCGUCAAUUAGAAUUGUUUGAAUGAAUCAAAUCUACAUUUUCUAUUGAAUAAUUUUUUCAUUAAAGAAUUUAUUUCAUGUUUUAA